GUCUUUUCACGAUUGUUAGCCUUAAAGCUUAGUGGAAGAUCUGAUGGUGGAAGCUGCGAUACGGAGGCUUCGUUUCCGCUAAAACGCAGUUCUUGUCUUACUGAGUGGAAUACACAAUGUAUCAAAUGGAUUAUGCUGGAUGGACAAUUCGUUCACGCUUGGACAUGGACACAUCUCCAGGUCUGCAGGACUUUGUUUCUCGUUAUGUAUCCCGUUCCCGUCUCCCCACUUCUCCCAAUCUUUUCAUGAGUCUGCCUGACCCAUCAAGUCCUUCCCCUGGCACCCUGACAUGGGAUCAAAGCACCGAGCAGCAGCUGGCCUACUUUAGCAAGGAAAUGGCACUGCUUGGCUUACCUGCACCAUAUGAAGAGCUCAGUUUUGAGAACGACCACCUGCUGUCUUCUCAGCCCCCAGACCUGGCAUGUGUGCUAAACUCUGCCUGCUCACUUCUGCAGCUCCAUCAGCAGACCAACUGCAGCUUAGCUGAACUGGAGACCACACAUCAUAAGAUGGUUUUUGAGAGAAACUUCCUCAAAUCCAGUCUGUCCAAGCUUCAGGAUCAGUUAAGCAACUUUGAAAAGGAGAUGGCCGCACUUCAGGGGAAAGAGCAGCAACUCCAAAGCCAGAAUAGGAAUUUACAAACUCUGGUGCGGACGCAGAAAGAAGAGAUUGCAAAGCUUCAGGGGGUACUGUCAAGUCGGGCUGCCCAUCAUAGCAGCGACACGAAAAGGAAGGAACUGCAGCUCGGCAAGAUGAAGGAACGACUACAGCAGCUCAUUACGGACAAGAAGGAUCGCAAAGCCUCUAUUGACAUAUUAAACCCGCUUGCCAGGGCAGAUGGGAAGAGGGCCACCUGGAAGACUGGAAAGUCGGAGAGCAGAAAGGACCAGGAGAUGCUCCGGGGACUCGUGCUGGCAUUAGAGAGACAGCUGAGUGAGGCCGUGUUGGAGAACACUGAGCUCAAAAGAACGAUGGAGCAACUCAAGGAGGAAGACCUGUCCCAGACUUGGCCAGACUGCUCCACUACUGGUCGAGAGGAAAACCCCAAACAGGAAGAAAAUAUGACUUGUAAUAAGGAGAUGAACCAGUCACGGCAAGAGAUGGUGAAAAACACACUGGUGGGCAGCACGAAAAAAGAGUGGCGCAGUCUUGGGUGGCAAGUGGAGGACAUGGGCACCAACAUCCAGGGUUUCACCUGUGGCAUGCCCUUCGGGACUGACCAGGAUAAGGAGAUUGCCCUUCUCCGUGCCGAGAUUGAACAGAGCCGACAAGUCAUUGCUUUCCAACAGCAGCUUCUGCAGGAGAGCGUGAACUCCAGCAACAAGAAGCUGCCCUCUUCUCUGCGAGACUCCUACGUCCUCGAGGAGAGGGAGCGGUUGAGGCAGCAGUGGAAUAUGUUUGAGCAACAGAAGAAGCGAUUUGAGAAGGAGCGGUGGACCUUCACUGAGGCUGCAAUUCGCCUAGGACGUGAGCGGAAGCAGUUUGAAGAGGAGCGUGCCGCCCUGCUCCAGCAGCAGUUUUUCAAUCUGACUCCUUUUCUGGACCGCAAAGAGGCUUCACCCUGGCAGCGACGACGAACGUUCAGCCCAGAGCCUCCUGCGGCGGAGGACUACUGCAACUUUCCUUCCAACAUGCAAACCCCCAGCACCAAAAUGGAAGCAUCUGUGCGACAGGUGUCCACUCCCAGCACACCUGAACUUUUCUGCACCUUGAAACUCUUUCAAGAUCCACCCAGAAGCAAUCGGAUUUCUGAGGUGCCAUCAAGACAUCGUCCACCUGACGCGUUGAACAAGAAGCCCGAUUCACUUUGUCGCUACACAAGCCAGAUGGGCAUGGACCCCUUCAUGGACUUUUCUUUCUAAGUGGUUGGCUUUCCAGACUGGCAGUAUAAUCGAGAGCUUACCCUGCUACAGUACGUUCACCCUUUAAUCCUCCUGUUUCAGGUUAUUCUCAUUCUGUGGGUCACAUAAACGGCAAGAUGGCAAGGAAAAGAGGGGCCCUUAGCUUUUUGUAGCCUUCCCACCUCUUUCUAAACGCUUCUCCUCCUAACCCACUACCAUGUUGUUUUGAUAUCUUCAUCAUGUCCCUCCCAGACUGCCAAAGCUGCACUGCAUUGCCCGAGACUCCCACAUUUAAGACAACCCAACAGAAUGUCAUCUUUUAGGAUAAAUUCGCUGACCCAGGAAGGCUAAAAGUGUUAUCACACAUAUAUACUAUAUGUCUUCAGUGUGCCUUACACUUUUAAUUAAAUCUUCCUCCUCUUCCUCACUGGUGCAUUUUAUUGAAAUGCUCAUCAUUCAGUAUUUCUUGAGGUCUUCCAAAUGGUCAGAUGAGUAAAGAUGCUGUGCGGCUAAUUGACCCCGGCAAGCGCGGUGAACAGAAAAUGUAGAUGUUGGGUGAAGCCUGAACUCUCAAAAGACAGAGAACCUGCCAUCUGGGCCGAGAUUUAUUAAGUCUGAAGAACCCGGUUGAACUCUUAAUAAGUCAAGUUGUGUAAUGUUAGUUUUAAUGUUAUUUUUUUAAUUAUUUGAAAGAAAUCCAACUGAAGUUCCUACAAAUCUACUUGAAAUUUUAGAGUAAGUAAUGGAAGUCGUAUUUUUUUUUUUUUUUUUAAAUAAUUAGUUUGAAUGUUGUCCUUCUAUACGAGCAUCUCCUGUAUGUCCAAUCAGUUCCGCAGUUUCUGACAUGUUAGUUUAAGUGCAGUACUACUAUAGAUCUGCAAUAAAAUUGUGUCCAUUUUUCAAUGUUCGGUUUGCGUUAACUUUUAACAUUUGAGGAUUUAUUUUUUCUUACCUGCAUGUUAGUAUUUGUAUUCCAAUAUGCUGUUGCACUUGAUUUCUUUACCUUUUGUUUAAAUAAAGGUAAAGUUAACU